AUGGGGAUUAGAUCUAAUUGGUCCGAUGCCAGAGGGCAAGGGUCAGGUCAAAUAUGCUGUAGUUGCGUAGACUACUUCACCAAAUGGGUAGAAGCCAAAGCCUUAGCGACAAUAACGGCAGCCAGAAUCGAAGAUUUCGUCUGGACGAACAUUUGUUGCCGAUUCGGCAUCCCCUACGCCAUCGUCACGGAUAACGGCAGGCAGUUUGAUUCGGAAGUCUUUAGAGAAUUCUGCACCCGACUCAAGAUCAACCUGUUCUUUGCUUCGCCAGCUCACCCCCAAUCGAACGGACAGGUCGAAGCCAUGAAUAAAAUUGUCAAGAAGCUAUUGAAACGGCAGCUUGACAAAGCCAAAGGAGCCUGGCCGGAAAAGCUUCCAGAGGCGUUAUGGGCCAUCCGGACAUCCUACCGAACGGCAACUGGGGAAACACCAUUCUCCAUGGCUUUCGGCUCGAAGGCGGUAGUCCCAGUAGAAAUCGGAGAGCCUUCCUACCGAACGGAAACUUUCACACCGAAAGCGAAUGAGGAAGCGCUCGCCUUGAGCCUCGACCUGCUCGAAGAACGCCGAGCACAAGCCAACCUUCGGAACGAAGCUUACAAGCAACGCGUCUCUCGGUACUAUGACUCCAGGGUCAGAUCCCGCUCUUUCCGAAUCGGAGAUUGGGUCAUGCGGAAAGUCUCUUUGGCAACCAAGAAUCCCACGGAAGGAACCCUCGGACCUUCCUGGGAGGGACCCUACGAAAUCAUCGGUAUCCAGCGAUCGGGGACUUAUCGACUCAGAGACUCCAACGGAAAGACCCUCGGUCAUCCUUGGAAUGUAGAGCAUUUGAAGUACUAUUUUAAAUGA